CUGGGCUACAAAAAUAGACUGUAUCAAUCUCUUACUUUAAAAAAAAUGUUUUUUUUAGUAUUCUGAAGUAACGUUUCUCUAUUUAAGUUCCACAAAUUGUAAUAUUCCUUCUAGUCUUCAGGAUGAUAAAACCGAACAACACCUAUAAUAGUUAAUUACUAAUUAUUUAACAUCUGCAUUAACGACCUAGUAAAAGAGAGCAAAAAUGAAAUUCACAGGUGGUGUUAUAUCAGAUGAUGAUGCAAACACCAGUGGAGGCAGACAUAGAACACCAGAGGCUCUAGAGAGAAAAGAAACAUGGGCAAAGAAUAACAAAACAAGAAUUAACAUUGGAAAAAAUACAAGCUUACAGACUUGAGGGGAAAUAAUAUUAAACUGAUCUUUAACAGGAGGGGGAAACCUGACAAAGAGAGAUCUAGCAUGAUAGUGCACAGCAAAUUUAGACCAUUUAAUGUAUGAUAUGGCAGCAAACAAAAAAAAAAUGUGGACUCUCUAUACUGAAGCAUAACAUAACAGUUCCUCUUCUCCAAACGGCUCUAGUGACCACAUCUCCAAUAGGACAUUCAAUUCUGGGUAACUCAUUAUCAGAAAUACACUGAUAAAUUGCAAAGAGUCUAGCAAAGAGCACAAGGGAUUAGGAGGCAGAAAGUAUUGAUAUAUGAAGAAAGAUUAAAAUAUCUUAAUAUGUUAAAUUUAAAUUUGGCUAUAUGACCAUUAAGAUAGAAAAUGUUAAAAAAAAAUUAAAAUACCUGCAAACUAAACCAAGAAAGGAGAAUUAUUAAAUGAACUAUACAAAAUAAUCCUGCCCUGGUUGGGGUGAGGGGGUGGAGCCGUGAAUGAUUUAAUGCAUUGUCCACAUUUAUUAUCUUGAUUAUUUUAUAGCAACUCUAAAAUGUUACACAAGCACUGAGGGAAUGUUAUAUACUUAAAAAUACAUCACAAUAAUUAUGUCCGACAAACAUAUGAAGCAGACAAAUAUCAAUUAGUAUUCUGCUGGUAGUUGUAACUUUAAAACCAGACUUCAAAUCUGUUCUAGAACCAGACAUCUUGCAACAUCACAAAGAGUGAUACAGUUCCCAUGGCAGAGUCCAAAAUUCUGCCUUUUCUUUGGGCCAUGUAUUCUCACUACAAACUAAAUUUAUCUUACCAUGGGUAACAUAACCAAGGGAGCCAGCACACCCACAACUGACUCUGAUCCUUUCACUUACUCCCUUUCUUCCUGUAGGCGGAAGGGAUUUAAGCCACUCCAAGCAAAACUAUAUGAAGCAAUAAUGAAAGAUGACAGCACCAACAUUAAAGCUUUACUAGCACACCAACCUGUCAAUGAACCACUGAUUGUUUGGGAUAACUCUAAGUGCAGAAGAACACUGUCAAUCCAGGAUCAGUCUAUUCUUCCAAUUCACUUAGCUGCCAAACACAGAAGAGAAAAGAGCUUGCGUUGUUUGCUGGAAUCUGGUGCUGACCCAAAAAUAAGAGAUAACAGAGGUUACACAGCACUUCACCUGCUACUACUACACUGGCCAAAUAUUUAUAUAACUGGGACAGACAUCUUGACCAGACUUCAGAGAAACCUGGCAAUUACACAGAGUAAUGCAGAAGAAUGUCUUCGUAUCUUGUGUGAGAAGGGAGUUCAAACAGACCCUGAAAUGGAUAGUAACUACAAACACAGCUCCUUGCAUUUAGCCUUACACUCUGGAGCCUCUCGAGCUAUAUCUAUUCUAAUUGAGAAUGGUGCCAACAUAGAUGACAGAGAUGAGUUUGGCAAGACAGUGCUUCACACUGCUGCAGAGCAUUUGAACAAGGAGGUAACAGAAACUUUAAUCACCUGUGGAGCAAACAUUAAUUGUACUCUUCCAACUUAUGGAAAAACUGCUCUUCAGCUUGCAGUAUGCACUGCAUCAUCUAAAGCAGGCACAGUUUUAGCUGCUGAUAUAGAUUGCAUCCGUUUACUGUUAAUUAAUGGAGCGAAAGUAAAUACUCAAGAUUGUGAAGGACGAGCAGCUAUUCAUGAUGCUUGCUUGGGAGGAAGAAAAGAAAUAGUUGAUCUCCUCGUAGAUUACCAUGCAGAUGUUAACAUUUUAACAAGACAAGGGCAAUCUCCCCUUUUUCUGUUUCUUCAACACAGGUCAAAUCUAAGAUGUAUAUCACUGUUAAAUAAGUUGUUAAACCUCUCAUACCCAUUGAAGCUAACCAAUUAUCAAGGAGAUCUACCCACUGGACUUCUGCUCCGAGAAUUUCAAAUACAAAGAGACUUUCUCAUAAGAUUAUCACAAAACAUGUUGUCUCUGCAGGACAUCUGCAAAAUCACUGUCAGAAGAAUAUAUGGGGAAAAAAACAAACAAUGCUUGAAAAAACAACUUCCCGUAACUGUGUGGAAUACUGUAUACAACUACCAGGACUACUCACAACUUUGGUAAAUAAAUCUCAUGACUUAAACAGUCACAAAGAUAAAUGAUUCUGGAAGAUUUGAUUAAUGUGUGUGACAUAUGCAGUGACACACACCUACAUGAGAAAGUGAAUUGAGAAGCUGCUGAUCCUGAAACUGUGUAAUGAAAAAUUAAACAUGAAUCAGGGAUGCAUAUUAA